UCGCCGGUGGCGUUGACUAUUCUAAUAAUAAUAUCAACAAACGAAAAACAAAACAAGUAUUUAAAAGACUAAGAUACGCUCCAGCGACUUUGCAAAUUCAUUUUGGUGCUCUUCCACUGUGCGAUAAUUAGGAAACAGAAUUUUUGUUAGAUCGAUUAGUUGUUGCUGAGCAUUGAACCUAAUCGGUUGUAUUUUUUUUUUUUUGUUUCUUUUGGGCAAUGAGACUCUUACUGAAUUUGGGCUUGGCCCUAGUUAUUUUCAUUAGUUGUCGAAAUAAAAUAUUUGCUGAAAGUGCUAACAUUUUGGCUGUAUUUCCAUUUCCUGGCAAAUCUCAAUAUAUUUUUGCUGAACAGUAUCUGAAGGAAUUGUCUGUAAGGGGACAUAAUGUAACCGUUAUUAAUACCUUUGGCAGUGACAAGAGCGAUCCGAAUUUUCGAGUAAUUGGUGCCACCAAAAUACACGAACUAAUGGCAGCUUUCUCAAAUAUAGACUAUAAUCAAGUGGCUAGCCAAUGGAAAACCUUGACAAUGACCACGGAAUUUCUUAACUUGCUUACUGCAAAUGUUUUGGAUGAUGAAAUAGUUAACAACCUACUACGCAAUGGUCAGUUUGAUUUGGUCAUUAUGGAAACCGUGCAGAAUGAGGUACUGUUUGGUCUGGGCCAGCAUUUUGAUGCAUUGACUAUUGGCAUAUCAUCGUAUGGCACAGAUCGGCAUAUUGAUGAAUUGAUGGGCAAUAUCUCGCCAUUAUCUUAUAAUCCCAUGCUGUUAUCCUCACGAACAGAGAAAAUGAACUUUGAGGAAAGACUUUGGAAUGUGUGGGAGGCCUCCAUUUUGUGGCUACACAAACGACUAGUGCACUUGCCCAGCCAGAGAGUGUUAUAUGGUCAAUACUUUCCUCAGGCAAAACAAACCUUAGAGCAGGUCAUGGAUAGCUUUAGUUUGAUGUUGCUUGGACAACAUUUCUCACUAAGCUAUCCGCGUCCCUAUUUACCCAAUAUGAUUGAAGUCGGAGGCUUGCAUUUAAAGCAAGAACGGAAAACAGAAAAGUUACCGGGAGAUAUAGCUGAAUUUGUGGAUAAAUCAAAGGAUGGCGUCAUUUAUUUCUCUAUGGGUUCGAAUAUCAAAAGUGCUGAUCUACCGCCAGCUACGCGCAAAGUAUUAAUGGAUACCUUUGCCAGUUUGCCACAAGGUGUGCUUUGGAAAUUCGAGCAAGAUCAGUUGGAGGAUAAACCGAAAAAUGUUUUGAUCAACAAAUGGUUUCCACAGCCAGAUAUAUUGGCCCAUCCGAAUGUAAAGCUAUUCAUCACUCAUGGCGGCCUGCUGAGCACCAUUGAGAGCAUCUACUUUGGCAAACCUGUGCUGGGUUUGCCCGUCUUCUAUGAUCAGCAUUUAAAUAUACAGCGUGCCAAGCAGGCUGGUUAUGGUCUGGGUGCAGAUCUUUGGCAUACAAAUACCACUGAGCUACGUUCGCUCAUCGUAGAACUUUUGCAGAAUGAGCGUUAUGCCCAGGCAGCUCAGCUGAAGUCCAAAUUAUAUAGAGAUCAAAAGGAUACUGCCCUAGAUCGUGCAGUCUGGUGGACAGAAUAUGUACUGAGGCACGAGGGUGCAGCGCACUUGCGUUCAGCUUCGCGUGACUUGAAUUUCGCCCAGUUGCAUGGCUUGGAUACAUGGGGUUUAGUCGGUGGCGUCAUCUUGCUUGGCAGCUUAAUUGCAUUGCUUAUACUGAGAACAUUUUGCCGUAUUGUAAGCUAUCUAUUUGUCAAAAGCCGUAGAGCUGCAUCAACGAAAACGAAAACCAAUUAGAGAUUUUGUUAAAUGAGAUUAAACAAUAUGAAUAUUUUAUUUUCCGGGAAAUACUUGUAUUGCAGAACUUAAACAAAAAAAUACAUUUAAAUUAAAUGAAUCACUGAAUUUUGUUAACAAAAGUGUUUGAAUUAAUAACCAAACGUGUUGUCGAUGAGAUUUACUUAAAAGCAAUGUUGUUAUUAAUUAUUUGUUUAGUGUUAAGUGUUUACAAUAACCUAAUAAAAUAUUUUGCACUUU